AUGUCUCGACUGCAGCAGGACCAGUUCGUCGACGAUGACGAGGAGGAGUGCUGCCCGCUCUGUGUCGAAGAGUUCGACCUCUCGGACAGGAACUUCCGCCCCUGCCCAUGCGGCUACCAAAUAUGUCAGUUCUGCUACAACAACAUCAAGACGACCAUGAACGGACUGUGUCCCGCCUGCCGCCGCCCCUACGAUGACUCCACGAUCGAGUGGAAGACCAUCUCCCCCGAAGAGAUGGCACAACACAAGCAGCUCAUCGCGCAAAAGGCCAAGAAGAAUGCCCAGAUACGGCAGAAGGAAGCACAGAAAGCCGAAGCCGACUCUCUCAGCCGCAAGCACCUGUCUGGUCUGCGUGUCGUCCAGAAGAACCUCGUAUACGUGACCGGUCUCACGCCGACGAUACGCGAAGACGAACUCCUCAAAACUCUUCGCGGAGACGACUACUUCGGCCAGUACGGCAAGAUCCUCAAGAUUGUCGUCAGCAAAGCCAAGGAGAACGCGCAGCAUCAACAGUCGGUGGGUGUUUAUGUGACAUUCGCUCGCAAGGAAGAUGCAGAGAAGUGCAUCAAUGCUGUCGACGGUUCUCAGAAUGGCGAGAGGACAUUAAGAGCUCAAUUUGGUACUACGAAGUACUGUUCAGCGUAUCUCCGCGGCGAGACCUGCAAUAACCGCAAUUGCAUGUUCUUGCACGAACCCGGCGAAGACAACGACAGUUUCACUCGCCAAGAUCUCUCCAUGAUGAACUCAAUCCAGACGCAACAACCGUCACAAUCGUCUACGUCUCGAGCCGCGCCCCCCGCCCACCAGGGUCCCGCUGUCGCUGCCGCGAUCCCGAUGCAUCGACAGGAUAGUACCGAUACGUCGAGCUCGAUACAUGAGGCACCCGGUUUGCCUGCAACCGCUAGCUGGGGAAGUAAGGCGUUGCUGGAACGCCGAGCCAGCCGAUCCACCGUCGCUUCGAACAACGCCAGUCCCAUGGUCACGAAUGCUGUUCCCGCGCAACCACCCAAACCAUCGAAGGCAGCUGAGCCACCAAAGAAGAAGGGCAAGGACAAAGAAAAAGAAAAAGAAAAGGAGAAAGAGAGGGAAAAGGAGAAGGCUGCACAAGCAUCGAAGGCUGCCACCCCACCGCCUGCUCCGACACCCGCACCCGCCGCCCGCCCUCCGAAGCCCCGCGACAAUGGUAUUCACGAUUUGCUGAAGGUCAUCUGCUCGCCAGACUUUAAGUUCGUCUUCUCGAGCGCCGUUCUGUCGGAGGAAGAAUUGAAAGCUGUCACUGAGUUCCCUCAACUACUGGAUCCCAAUGGCGGUGCUAAGCGUCGUGCCAUCAAAGAAAAGAAGGAGAAGGAACUGGCAUUGCAGCGCGAGGCUGAAGCGGAAGCUGUAGCUGUAGCAAAGGCAGCGUCCCAACAAGCCCCGGCUGCUGAGCGUGAAGACAAUGAAGCAACGGCUGGCGGCAGCUUGCAGCUAGGCGGAGAGCCCGAAGACGGUCCCGAGACAAAUACCAACCACCUCAAUCAACACGCGAUUGCACCACCUGGUCAGCAAGGUUUCGGAGGCAGCCUUUUCGGGCAGAACACGCCACUGGCCGAGGACUUCAGCAGCCUGGGAUUGAGUAACAGAGGCCUUACACCUCAGCAACAGCAGCAGCUAUUGCUCUCCAACUUCAAGUCUGGCACCCAAGCCACGGGCAUUCUGAACAACAUGCCGAGUGCUCAGCAGCCUCAACAGCACAAUGCUUCUGGCCAUACCAGGCACACUUCACGCUUCAGCUUCGCCAACGACAGCGCUUCCGCUUCCGCGAAUGUGCAGCCUGUCGCGAACCAGAAGUUGAUGAGCCAGCAAAACUCGAUGAUGCCCAAGAACGCCAACCAAUUCAACCCAAUGUCUCAGCAUCAGCAGUUGAGUGGACAGUUCUUCACCAACGUGCAGGGACCCCCUCCAGGACUUAAGCCUACUGGCACACCCCCAGUCAGCGGGACUGGCAUGUUCGGUCAAGGCCACGGUUUCGCUACUGGUGGUCUACCUUAUGGGGCUGGCGCAACGGCAAGGAACAACAAUGAUGCCAUGUAUCAGGACCUGCUCCGCAGCCGUAACAUGGACGGUGGUGCUAGGCUAGCUGAUGCUGGAAAGCGUGAGUCAAUGUUUCCUUCUUUCCUUAAUCAACAUCCUUCAACUUCCACACCUGCCCCUGCCCCUGGCCUCCUCAGCUUCCCUUAUGGACCUUCGCCUGGAGCUUACCAGGAGUCUGGUUCGCAGAAAUCCAAGAAAAAGGGCAAGAAGCAUAGGCAUGCCAACACUUCCUCCUCUGGGGGUGGCGGUCUUGCCGAUGUGCAAGACCCGAGUAUCUUGCAGGCGAGGCUGCACCAAGGCGGGAUGGCCGGGCAGGGCUUGUAUGGUCAAGGCCAAGAUGAUGGAUCUUUGAGUGUAGAAGAACAGGCCUCUAUCAACGUCGAUGCACUCGUUAACGAUAGCGAUAAUGAGCCAAUACGACCCGCUCCAAGCACUCCACUAAGCGGCCAAUUCUUCGAGCAUCCUCGCCGAUCGACUCCUACUGUACCGCCUGGCUUCACAGUACCAGCAAUUCCCAAAGCAGUCCUUGAAGAGUCACGUUCGCGUGCUGGAUCUCGACCAAUGUCCCGUACUACAUCUUCGACCAUAAUACCGGCCGUGCCUGUUGUACCUGCCACGCCGCUUCCCAACUCAACUCCUAACAAGAAUACCAAGGGUAAGCAGAAAGCUGAGACUACUGGACCUGCAACUCCUGCAGCAGCACCUACCGCGACCACUGUCUCCAAGCCUUCACCUGCGCCUACGACGCCCUCAAGAACAACGACCAGGGAAGCAGUUGUUGUUCCCCAGACACCCAAGGAACCCACACCCAGAGAGGCCUCAAAAGCAGCUAAAGAAGAAGUUAUGCAGACACCCAAGUCGACCCCAGAUGCUAAGAAGUCAAUGGCGGAGACGAUAAGCAAGGACACGCCAAAGUCGAAGGGUGCUUCUAAGAAGACUCAAGCUGCAGUUCAGACCACCCCGAAGAGAGAGCCACAGAAAGAGACAGCGCGCACUCCUGCGGCGACUGCGACACCUCCAGCUUCGACCAAGCGACAGCCUCCUGGCAAGCUCGAUAUUCAAGCAGCAACUAAACUGCCGGUUGAAGCUGGCUCUCCAGCUCCAACCUCAUCUAAAACAGACUCUCAGGCAAAAAGCAGUCGUUCUGUGCCAACGACAUCAGCUGGUUCUGUGCCUCCAAGUCCCGCCGCAGCGGUGACUGGAUCGCCAAUCAAGCGCGCGGGUGCGCCGAGGACUUUGCGUGUCGUCGCAACACCAAAGACAGAAGUGCCACCGCCUGUUACCGCGGCAUCACAACCGUCUUUGCCUCAGAUCCCAACGGUCGACAAGCUUCGAUCUAGGCAAGCGAGUAUCGCUUCCGUCAACAUACCAGGCACGCCAAGCGAAAUGAUAUCGGACACUGCUUCAGUUACCUCUACAUCAUUUUCAAGGGCCAGCUCACCGCCUCCGAUCGGCGGUAAGGUUGGGACUGCGCCUGUUAGGAAGAAGACAAAGUCACAAGCCAAGAAGGAUAGACAAGAGCGAAAGAAGCAGAUAGAAGAAGAAAUACUGGAAGACAACAAGUCGGAUGUUGAGGUAAUGCAAGCUCCAAUCAUUGGGCGCAAGAAGAAAGCCAAAAAGCCGACAACAAACGCCAAACCUAUUGCCGCUGCCUUCAAGAGUCAGCCAGCCUCGCCCAAGCCAGCUACUGUUGAAGAGGAACAACCUGAAGUGCCGACAGUGGCCUCACGGAGAGUCUCGUCAGCGAAGAUCUCGGCAACAGCAACGCCUGAACCGGAGCCCGAGCCCGAACAGCCCAAGGAAAAGCGGGAACAUUCAGCUCAGUCGAUCAUGGCUGACUUGCAGCGCACGGGCGAGCUCCUUGCAUCGACCCUUGAGUUCUUCAAACCGCUGUCUUCGUCACUUGCUCAUGCUACCCGCUCUACUCAGAAUGGCAAUGUAUCUACACCUCCGGAUCUGAAGUUGCACUUUUCCCAAGCCGACCUUGAGGCGCUUGCGAAGAAGAAGCCAGUACGUCUGAACAGCCAGGACGCAAAGCCAGACUCUAGGACCCUGAUUACACCCAAUGGCAAGUUCUUCUGGGGGUUGACCGAGGAGCUUGAAAAUAAAGCACUUGAGCUUGAAAAGCAUAUCGAGGAGCUCAAGGGCCAUGCCCGAUUCCACCCUCGUAAGCAAAAUGCACACGGUCACAGCAUGACUACUUCAGCGCAUUCGAAUGACGUCCUCCCAGCUAUCGCCACUGCACUCAAGGAGGCAGGUAAGAAGCUGAACACCAACGGCGGACAGCAGAUGCCGCGACUGGACAAUUCCUCUGGACUUCUUGGUUCGACGAACCUUCCCUUGCCACCGGUACAAGGCCAGGACGCGUCCAUGCCCCAGGUCCCUCCCCCACAACAGCAGCAAACACCCGCAGAUGCCGGCGCCUAUCUGAAUCAAUACGUUCUCCCGAAGACGGACAACCCACCGCCAAACCAGCCACGUCCCGAGAUGGCGGCUGUUGGUGGCGCACCUGGCGCCGGAACAGCGAACAUCUCUGUCAACUCGAACCGACUAGCCAAAGCGGCCAAAGCAGUGGUUGAGGGAGGAGCGGUAGGAAGCACAGAAAUAGACAGCAUGGGAUUGAUGGCGGCUGACAGGCUUGGCGGCGUGUUUGUGCAGGGUCUCGAAGCGCUUGUGGGUGCUGGACUUGGCUACCAGUCUUCACAAGAGUUCGGCCUUGACGGCAACGGCAACAUCACCUUUGGAAAUGGAGGCGGAAGCGGACUAGAUAUGCAGGGGCUGAUGAACGCGAUUGAGACGACAGCUGGGAUGGGUGGAUAUGGCAACACGAGGCGAGGAAGAGGUAGUGUGCUGACUAUGGAAGAGGCGGAGCAAGCGAUGCAUGCGGCGAGGAGAGAGCACGAUGUUUUGGAGAAGAAGCUCAAUGCGCUGAUCAAGAAGAACAAGAAGCUCGCGACUGGCGUAGGAAAGUAG